GUCAUUGCCAACAGCAGUAGAUUAAUUUAUUGAUUCAGUCAGUUUGUUGUCAAUUGAGUCCAAAAUGUGUAGCCGCUCUAUUCUUCUUGCGUCUAUGUUAAUUACAAGUGUCCUGGCUAUCGCCACAACGGUGGAGCCACAGACAACUACACCACUGCCAGCACAGCCUGAACGAUGGGAUCUAAUGUUGCAGCAGAUACUCACUUACCAGGUCACCCAGACACAACAACUGCAGUCCAUACAGCAUCGGUUGACACAACUCGAGAGUGGAGUGACGGGGAAACUUUCCAGCAUGCAGAAUGAACUGCGCUACCUGAGAGAGGGUCUACAGCAACUGGAAUGGGGAGGAGAAGCGGGAGGAAGGUUGGAGGGAGCGGUGGAGACCUUGCGACAAGACCUUAACAGCCUCAGGCAGAGUCUUGAAUACCGGCAAUCAGAUCAGAACCAGAGGGAGGAGAAGGAUCUACUAGAGGGGUUGGAUAGCAGAGUGGGCCAGAUAAGUGUUCGCCUGCGUCGGAUGUACAGUCAGGUCCAGGAGCUCGGGCGGACAGUUAAGUCCAACAUGCAGGCUGUAGCUUACAAUACCAGCAUUCUAGCAGCUUUGAUGGAGGGCCAGACAGCCAACCAUAGUGAGAGAGUAGUGUCCUGUCCCAAGCCCCUUCCUGCCCUCUUACCCCCUUCAGACAACAGUACUCCUCCUCUACCUAUAGACUGCUGGGACACUCUGCGUCAGGGUCACAACCGUAGUGGAAUCUAUCAGAUACAGCCUUCACACUAUCACCAGCCCUUCCUUGCCCACUGCGAUAUGGACACUAUGGGAGGAGGGUGGACAGUAUUUCAAAGCAGAGUGGAUGGUUCCACCCAUUUCACCCGAUCUUGGGCUGAGUUUGAGGUAGGUUUCGGAAACAUGGCUGCUGGGGAGUUUUGGCUGGGACUGGGAAAGCUUCACCUCCUCACUAAUGCCAGGGUCAAUGAUCUGCUGGUCGUGCUGAAAGAUCACAAUGAGGACUCUGCCUGGGCCUACUACCAACAGUUUGCUAUCGGCGACGCUGACCAGGAUUAUACCAUCUCACUAUUGGGAAAUUAUCAUGGUUCUGCUGGAGACUCUCUACGAGGCCAUGCACACAAGUUCAGUGCUGAGGACCGGGACAAUGACCACAAUGAGGGUAUCAGCUGUGCCAGCAGUGGAGCUUGGUGGUAUGGGGACUGUCAGGAUCCAGACAUACCUAGCAGUAACCUAAAUGGUCUCUACCUCAAUGGAAGUUUACCACAAGUAUUUCCCCCACAAGGCAUGUUGUGGACGACCUGGCGAGGUCCAUCCUAUUCCAUCCCCUACACUGCUAUGAUGGUGAGACCCUCUGCUGAUGUCUACAAGCAACUCCCCACACAUGAUGACACUACUUAGUUACUUAGUCUGUAUACUGCUAUUAGUAUUGUUUUAAUACAAUUAUUAUAUGGAAAUAUAAUUUAAAAUGUUUAAA